AUGCCGCCCCGUGCAGCGGCGGCAUGGCCCGCGGCCAUCGACGGCGACUUCACGGCGGGGCUGCGUGCUAACGUGCCGCCACAGCUCCCGGCGGCAGAUAAUAUAGCACCAGAGUUCCUUAUCACUAGCUGCCUCUCGUUACCUGAACCGCCACGCGCCGCCCCACGCCCGCUCGACCACCCGAGGAUCCAGGGGCUCCGCCGCGAGCGGGCGGAGGCGGAACACGUCAAGCGGCGUCCGAACGACGGGACGAUCGUGUUCGGCGGACUACGCCCGCUCAAGAUCAUCGACCACCCGAGGAUCAAGGAGCUCGGCGAGUGGGCGGUGGCGGAGCACGUCAAGCGCGCCAACGACGGGCUCAAGUUCGGCAGGGUGGUAAGUGGCGAGGACCAGAUUGUGGCCGGCAUGAACUACUCCUACUUCUUGCUCAUCCAGGCGAUCAACGGCGACGGCGAGAACGGGAUUUACAAGGCGCGGGUGUACGAGCAGAGUUGGACCAACACACGCGAGCUCGUCUCCUUCGGGCCCGCUAACUGGGCCAAGUUGAUCCGGCCGCCGGCACGGUUGGGCUAACGGAGAAUAGUUUUCAUGUAUUUUUCAAACACUCAAGGCCGU